GCCAGCCUGGAGGAUGUGCUGGCACAGUUUGAGGCGGCGCUGCAGCAUUAUCAGCAGCUGUGGGACGGCCUGGACGACCUGGAUGCCCAGGCCUGGGUGAUUGAGCCCACCGCCGCGCCACGCAGUGUGGUGUACCGCCGAAUAGCCCUGGGGCAUCAUGUGUCGCUGGCUCUCACCCUGGACCCUGCACAGCCCUGGGCGCUGCCGCUGGACUGCCGGUUCAUGGGGUCGGAUGCGGCGGUGGCACCGCUCAGGCAGCGGCUGCAUGACAACCGCGGCUGCUGGCAGGCCGGGCGGCUGCUGCGGGAGAACCUGGAGGCGGUGCUGGGGGUGGCGCUGCCGCAGCGGCAGGGAGCGGAUGCCGAGGACGCCAGUGCCGACUGUGCCAUCUGCUAUGCCUAUCGGCUGCCGCCCGCCGAGGGGCAGCUGCCGGCGGGAGGAGAGGAGGGCGAGUCCCCCGACAUCAACUGCGACAACGCGGCCUGCGGCAAGCCGUUUCACAGGCGCUGCCUGGUGGAAUGGCUCAAUUCAGACACCAGCACGCGGCAGUCCUUCAACACGCUGUUUGGCGCCUGCCCCUACUGCUCCGCCCCCAUCACCGUCAAGGCGGUACCAGCCUGA